UUGGAGUGGAAGGCGAGUGGAUCGACUACUCUCGUCCGGGGUGUUUACAGUGAUUAUUUUUGCAUAUUUAUGGAAUAACGCAGUGUACUCUGGUGGAUAUUGCAAGUUCAUUCGGCUUUGGGUCGUCAGUCAGGACGCUGGUUGACUGGCUGACUGAUUGGGCGGAGGGACCGAUAUAGUAGUGCCUGGAAGGUUCACAGAGGAAGGAAGGAAGGAAGGAAAGAUAGAAGGGAAGUGUGCGCACCUUCGCUCCUGUCGUGUGUCGGUUCCGCGAGUGUACGCUCGUGUAUGCCCAGCGUGGGUGCACACGCCGCUGCCUAGAGUGUGCACACGCCGGAAUCACUGGAGAGUUUUAUAAAGAGAGAGGGAGAGAGCGAGAGAGAGAGAGAGAGAGAGGUUGUGCGGGUUGUGUGCCAAGGAAGAAAAUAAUAAUAAUAAUAAUUAUAAUAAAUAAAAAAUAAUUAUUGUAAUAAUUAUAAUAAUCGUAAAAAUCAUCUAAAAAAAAAAAAAAAAAAGAGAUAAUCAUCAUUGCCUGGAAAAAAAAAUCGAGUGGUGCACAAGAGUGUCGAGUGAAGGUGGUCGUAAGGUUGCUCUCUCGAUGUAUAUGAUGUGAUACCCCUAGCGACUGCACCGCCGCCCGUGCGCCCGCCGACUGUCCCGCCCGCCCAUCUUCCGAAUCCCGUUCGUGACCUCCCACCCGCGCAGGGGAGGUGCACGCCCUCGCCCGCGCCCAAAGCAACGUUUGGGAUACCCUCGCCGGAUGACGCAAUUCAAAGGUACGAACUGUUUUGAGGUGGCUGUCGUAAUACCAGGGAGCAGGAUGCGGCCAGGUGCCUCUCCUUCUGGCUCCUCCACGGCCCCUCCCCUGCUGCUGACGCCCCUGCUCCUGCUCCUGCUGGCCCUUGCUUGUUCGCUCGUCAACGCAAACCCAACCGGGGCGCCGUGCCUUGACUCUGAGGAGUUCUACUACCCGCACACAGGGGUGACGCGCCCCCCGUGGUGUGACUUCUUCAGUGAUCCGCCGCAGUUCGAGGAGCGGCCCGUCGACCAGAUCGUGAUGAACGACCGCGUGGCCUCGUUCACGUGCCGCGCCACGGGCAACCCUGAGCCGCGGAUCCAGUGGCGCAAAAACGGCAGGAAGGUCAGCGGCAACACUCGCUACAUGAUCCUCAACGUGCCCGGCGGAUCUAUCCUGAGGAUCGAGCCCGUCAAGUUCCUGCGCGACGAAGCCACCUACGAGUGCGUCGCCGAGAACACCGCCGGAGACACCAUCACCGCCAAGGCCAAGCUGGACGUCAUCUCCGACGACCCGAACUCCCAGCCCGCGGGGUUCCCCUACUUCCGCACGGAGCCGAAGACGAAGGCGGUGGAGAUUGACCACACGGCGCUGCUGGUGUGCGACGCUCGAGGCAACCCCGACCCGGACAUCACCUGGUACAAGGACCACCGGCCGGUCGACCUCACCAACCAGCGCUACAGCGUCCUCCGCUCCGGGAGCCUGCAGAUCAGCACCAGCACGGAGGAGGACGGAGGCAAAUACGAGUGCGUCGCGAGGAACUCCGUGGGAACAGCCUUCAGUAACCUCGUCAGCCUCUAUGUCAGGGUGCGCCGCGUGCCUCCCCGCUUCAGCAUGCCCCCCGACUCUGUCUACGAGGUCAUGCCCGGCGAAUCCCUCAGCAUCCCGUGCGUGGCCGUGGGCUCGCCGAUGCCGUACGUGCAGUGGAAGAAGGGCCCGGCGGAGGACAUGACGGAUAACCUGAUCACCAAGAACGUCCUGGUGCUCGAGAACAUUCAGGAAUCGGCCAACUACACCUGUCAAGCGCAGUCAACCCUGGGACUCGUCACGCAGGAGGUCGCCGUCAAGGUUCAAGCUCUGCCGCGCCCUCCCGACCAGGUGAUGAUCAGUGACGUCAUGGCGACAUCGGUGCGGAUCACAUGGGACUAUGACGUCAGCCCGGGAGACAUCUCGUAUUACGUCAUUCAGUACAAGCCGCACCACGCCGAGAGGGACUACCACGAAAUCUCCGGCCUCGUCACCAAGUUCUACAACGUCAUUGGAUUGACGCCGUUCACCGUGUACGAGUUCCAAGUCCUAGCCGUGAACAAGAUCGGACGCGGGCCGCCGUCGAAGCCCGUGACGGUGAGCACGGGAGAAACAGACCCUGGCAGCGCCCCCAGGAACGUGCACGUGCGGCCGCUGUCCUCGUCGACGAUGGUGAUCCAGUGGGACGAGCCCGAGGUCCCCAACGGCCAGAUCACGGGCUACAAACUGUACUACACCACCAAUCCAUCUCUGCCAAUCCAAUCUUGGAAGAGUCAACCGGUGCAGGAUAACAAGUUGACAACCAUCAGUGACCUAACUCCACACACUAUCUACACCAUACGUGUGCAAGCUUACACAGGCAUUGGACCAGGGCCUCUCUCAGACCCUGUAAAAGUCAAGACUCAGCAAGGAGUACCCAGCCAGCCCACCAACCUGCAUCCUGCUCGCGUUACAGCAACAUCUAUUGAACUCAGUUGGACGAGACCUUCUCAUCAAGGAGAGAACAUCAUUUCUUAUGAACUGUAUUGGAAUGAUUCUACAACUCAGAGACAAGAGCAACGUAAUAUUCCGGAGGGUGAGAGCUACACCUUGGAAACCCUGCAGCCCAACACAGUGUACAAUCUGUGGUUGGCAGCUCGAUCGCAGCGGGGGGAAGGCGCCAGCACUGCACCCAUCUCAGUCCGCACAGAGGAACACUUCCCAGGUGCUCCUCCCAGCAACAUCCGUGCUGCUGCUGAAGACUCAGAGACAAUCCAUGUGGAGUGGGAACCUCCUCCAGAAGACAAACAACACGGAAAGAUCACCCACUACAAACUCAUGUAUGUCAACAACACACGACCAGAUUCAGAUGCUUCGGUGAUCACAAUAUCUGACCCCACACAGCGGGAUUACCUCAUUACCAACCUGCAGAAAUGGACGGAGUACAGAGUUUGGAUGCUAGCGGGAACCAUCAUAGGGGAUGGUGUCAAAUCUGACCCCCAGCUAGUCCGCACAGAUGAAGAUGUUCCUGGUGAACCACGCAACGUGAAGGUCGAGGUCAUCAACAGCACAAGCAUUAGGGUCACUUGGACGCCUCCUAACGAGGGGGAAAGAAACGGCAUUCUUCGUGGCUACCAGAUCCAUGUGCAGGAGAUUGAAGGAAGGGGAGGCAGUAUGAUCAUUCCUGGUUCCAUGCCAUACACAGUACACAAUGGUGAAGCAACAAAUUAUGUGGUUACUGAUCUGCACCCUGACACAGAGUAUCAAGUUCAGGUGUCAGCUAUAACAAGAAAAGGUGAUGGUGAGAGAUCAUUGCCUACAAAAGUGCAGAUGCCAGGUGGUGUGCCCAACAAACCUGCUCUAAUUGUGAAUGGCACUAUUGAUAGAGCUAAUGGUGGAAGGCUGUCUGUUUUCGUUGAAUGGUCAACUCCAACUGAGACUUAUGGAGAGAUAAUGGGUUACCGUUUGAGAUAUGGACCUAGAGGAGAAAAGCUAAAUACUGUCAGUCUUGAGGGUCGCUCCAUGCUGCACAAGACGCUUAAUGAUCUGCAGAGGGGAAUCGAGUAUGAGAUCCGUGUAGCUGGUCGCAACCACAUCAACUAUGGUCAGGAAGCAGUUGAAUACUAUAUGACCCCUGAGGCUCCACCCUCUGGGCCGCCCACCAACAUUACAUACAAAUAUCAAACUCCUGGCACUAUUGUUUUCACAUGGGAUUUACCCAAGCCUAAUGAAAGGAAUGGAGUUAUUCAUAUGUAUGAUGUGCAGUUCAACAAGAAUGUGAUAUUGAACAAUGACUUCAAACAUGAGAGAAACACUACUGAAGGGAGAAUAGUCUUUAAUGGUCUAGAAGAGAACAUGGAUUAUACUUUCAAGGUUCGAUCUUGGACUUCGAAGGGUCCUGGUCCUUACAGUGAGAUUGUACACUUACACACAGAGCCUGACCUUGUUCGAGCUCCUAUGUCCCUUCAGGGACUCGCCACUUCAGAAUCCUCUAUUGAAAUAUGGUGGGAACCCGUUCCUUCUCGUGGGAAAGUUAUAGGAUAUCAGGUAUGUAUACACUUGAAUGCAUCUCCUGAUUUAGACCUGUGGACUCAUAUCAAAGUUCCAGUAACCCACUCAGCUGAACUGCAAAACUUGGAACGCCAUGCUGAGUAUGCCAUUGCUGUUGCUGCCAGGACUGCAACAGGAUUGGGUCGCUUGUCAACAAUGCUACCUGUACGUGUGAAACCAGUGGAUGUACCAAUGUACCUGCGCGCUCAUCAUGUCACCACGCACUCUGCAAAUCUAACUUGGGGCCCACCUAUUCAGCUGAAUCCUUUGCACUUCAAGGUGACCUAUAGUGCAGUGAAGGAGUUUGUAGAUGCUCAAGGUGUGACACAAGUCCAGGAAAUUAGUGUAACUACCAAAAUUGUGAAUAAGCGUAAGCACAGCUUCAUCAUAGAGGAUCUACGUCCCUUCACUACCUACACUGUGAAUGUCACUGCUGUACCGCAGACCCAAGAGUACCGUCCACCUGCUAAGAUCACUGUAACGACUCAGAUGGCAGCUCCUCAGCCGAUGGUGAAGCCUGACUUUUAUGGUGUCAAUGGUGACCAUGAGAUAGCCAUGAUCUUACCUCAAGCAUCAGAGGAGUACGGGCCAAUAGCUUUUUAUUACCUUAUAGUUGUGCCUGAUGACAAACUCCAUGCCUUUAAGAACCCUGAUCAAUAUCUCACGGAUGAUCUCAUAGCCAAUAAGGCGGGAAGCAAGGAAGCGCUAGCUGAAGGACCCUACAUUGCAGCCAAGUUCCUACAUCGCAACAUCCCAUAUUCCUUCUCUCUUGGUAAUGGUCAGAUUUAUGAAGGAUUCAAGAACAGACCGUUGCAGAAUAACAAGAGGUACAAGAUCUUCGUAAGGGCCAUUGUCGACACUCCUGGACAGCACCUCUACACUUCAUCACCCUUCUCCGACUUCAUCUCAUUGGACAUGCGAGCUGCACCCACAGGGAAGCUUCCAGAACGCCCGAAGCCCAUCUCUGAAAGUAAUGGAACAACUGUCCCCAUUAAGGGCCCCGGGAAUGAUAUGGAAAUGCUCAUGAUUGUUGGUCCUGUUAUUGGAGCUGUCCUGCUGGUGGUCAUAUCUCUCUUCUUAUUCCUCUUUGUUUGGAAGCGUCGCAGACAGCCCAAGUCCCGUGACCAGGCUCAGGUGACAAAGCCCCUAAUGGCUGAUCACGGUGGUGGCCAUGUGUCUGGAGGAAUUGUUGGUGGUGGAGGUAGCGUUGGUGUCAUCCCGGCUGCUCCCUCUGAUCCAGUGAAGAUGCGACGACUCAACUUCCAGACCCCAGGCAUGAUCUCCCACCCUCCUAUCCCCAUCUCACAGCUUGCCGAGCAUAUUGAGAGACUCAAAGGCAAUGACAAUCAGAAGUUCUCACAGGAGUAUGAGUCAAUUGAGCCAGGACAGCAGUUUACUUGGGAUAACAGUAACCUUGAAGUCAACAAACCAAAGAAUCGUUAUGCCAAUGUGAUUGCAUAUGACCACUCAAGAGUUGUUCUCCAGACUCUUGAAGAAGUUCCAGGAAGUGAUUAUAUCAAUGCCAACUUUUGUGAUGGCUAUCGCAAACAAAAUGCGUAUAUUGCCACUCAGGGUCCACUUCCGGAAACUUUUGGAGACUUUUGGCGCAUGUGUUGGGAACAGCGCUCUUGUACGAUUGUGAUGAUGACUAAGCUGGAGGAGAGAACUAGGAUCAAGUGCGACCAGUAUUGGCCUGGGAGAGUAUCACAGACAGAAACUUAUGGUAUCAUGCACAUCACUCUGACUGACAUUCAAGAACUAGCCACCUACACUGUGAGGACUUUCCAGUUACAGAGAUCUGGCAGUUUGGACCGACGUGAAGUGCGGCAAUUCCAGUUCACUGCCUGGCCUGACCACGGUGUUCCUGACCACCCAACACCAUUCCUCAUGUUCCUGCGGCGAGUGCGACACGUCAACCCACCAGAGUCGGGACCAAUUGUCGUUCACUGCAGUGCUGGUGUUGGCCGAACAGGAGCUUUCAUUGUCAUUGAUGCCAUGCUGGAGAGGAUAAAACAUGAACAGAGUGUUGAUAUCUAUGGACAUGUGACUUGUCUGCGUGCUCAAAGGAACUACAUGGUCCAAACUGAAGACCAAUACAUCUUUAUACAUGAUGCCCUCUUGGAGGCUGUGAUGGCAGGGGCAUCAGAGGUGCCGGCGCGCAGCUUACACUCGCAUAUCCAGAAGUUAAUGGCUGUUGAAGCUGGUGAUACUGUGACAGGCAUGGAACUGGAAUUCAAGCGUCUAGCAAACAUCAAGGCCCAACCAUCGAGGUUUGUUAGCGCCAACCUGCCAGUCAACAAAUUCAAGAACCGAUUAGUAAACAUCCUGCCAUAUGAAAGUACUCGUGUUUGCCUUCAGCCUCUCCGUGGUAGUGAGGGCUCAGACUACAUUAAUGCCAGCUUUAUUGAUGGCUAUAGGUAUCGCUGUGCUUACAUUGCAACACAAGGUCCAUUGCAAGAGACAGUUGAUGACUUCUGGCGGAUGCUUUGGGAACACAACUCCACCAUUGUUGUCAUGCUCACCAAGCUCAAGGAGAUGGGCAGGGAAAAAUGUUACCAGUACUGGCCAAAUGAACGUUCUCAACGAUACCAGUUUUAUGUGGUGGAUCCCAUAGCUGAGUAUAAUAUGCCUCAGUAUAUUCUCAGGGAGUUUAAGGUUACUGAUGCUAGAGAUGGACAGUCUCGCACCAUACGACAGUUCCAGUUUAUUGAAUGGCCAGAGCAGGGUGUGCCAAAGUCUGGAGAAGGGUUCAUUGACUUCAUUGGCCAAGUGCACAAGACAAAGGAGCAGUUUGGACAGGAUGGGCCCAUCACUGUACACUGCAGUGCCGGUGUUGGACGUACCGGUGUGUUUAUCACCUUGAGUCAGGUCCUGGAGCGCAUGCAGUAUGAGGGUGUUGUUGACAUGUUCCAGACCGUCCGCAACCUCCGCACACAGCGUCCUGCUAUGGUGCAGACGGAGGAGGAGUACAGGUUCUGCUACUUGGCCAGUCUGGAGUACCUAGACAGUUUUGAUCACUUCGUAGACUGACUAUCAAGGCCUGCCGGCACUCGCCUGCAAUCUGUGUGGACCUGAGAAAACAAUCAGGCUAGCUCGGGUGCUAGAGUAAGCAAAUAAUUGUAGGCAGUUAGUGGUGAUAAGUUGCACUAGAAUGAACCAUUUAUCUCUGUGCUGCAGAGGUGCUCUCUCUAGAAAAAAGCAGAUGCAUUGUUGUAUCUCGCUAAGAAAGAAAUAUUGGGCUCAUUCAAAAUAAUGAUAAGGCUGGUGUGAAAGAAUUUUCUUGUAGUGAGACUUUCUUCAACUCCCUUGAGUUAGCACUACAGAGACUUCAUGAAUGGCCAAAUGCAGAUAGUGCAAUAAGUUUUAUCAUAUAUUUAAAUAUCUGAUUUAUAUAUUUAAAAGAGUUGAAAUCAAAAAAAUAUUAGGUUGGAAACUUGCACCCUCCAAGAUGUCAAUUCCACGGAAACUAAACAAGGACGACUUGCUUCUUGUUGACUGACGACCACAAAGCUCGUGUCAGUGAUAGCAUGAGUGAAACCAAGCUGCCUUCUCAAGACUGUCAUGGGUGAUGUCAGAGAAGCUGUGUUAAGAAAAGUUUUAUUACAAGUGCACUGAAGCUGGAUUUUAAGAAAUUUGCCAUGAUAACAUAGCAAGUCAAUGGAGGGACAAUUGGAAACGCCAUCCCUCAAUACAACCAGGCGACAAGAUGCCACAAUAAUUUCCUUCAGCAUGUUUUAAUUCUCAAACACAGGUGGAAAUUGUAGCUCAUUUUGUAGAUAGUAUAGCACAAAAAUGUAUAAUGACAAUGAAGGAAUUAAUGAAAAAAUGAUUUCAAAAUUACAGAACCAAUAUUGGGUGCUAAUGUGUGUAAACAUCACCUCUUCUAAUGUGCCAAUAUAUGGGCAUAUGCUUCAGUGUUAGUUAUGAAGACCAAGAUGAAGAAAAGUUUUAUAUUGUAGGUAAUAACUUUCUUUUAUGAGAAAUUUGUAACUGUGUGAAAGAAAUUUUCUUCAGGUUAGACAAUUGGCAGAGUCCUCUUAGUGUAUUGCAUACAACUGUAUUUGGUGAUGCAAAUCUUGGUGUGGUGUCAUCGUUUGAAAACAGGAAAAUAUAUUGACAUGGAUGUGCUCUCAAACUACUUGCAGAAAUUGCAUAAAUGGAACAUCAUAAGUGCUUUCACAAAAUGUAGGUUUAAGUUAUUAAAGAUGUCUAAACACAAAGUACAUAUAGAAUUAUCCAUGUAAAUAGGGGUGUUACUCCCUCACAUGGGUUUACUUUCGACCUAUACAUGAUGAAUUAACUCAUUAUAGAAAAAUAAAAACAAAGUAAAAUGCUUCCCAAGAAGUUUUUCAGCCAUUUCAAUUUAUGAAUGUAAUUUUAAACAAUCUGUGUCCAAACUUCCAAUGCUGCAUGAACCCUGAAGGCUAUCUGUACUUCUGAUGACUUGAUAUGAACUUCAGAGAAAAGCAUUUUACUUGUAUAACUAGAUUGUUAAAAGAAAAAAACAUGUAAUGAAAAUGAGAAACCUUUUAUUGGUGUGACACUGAACCCUUGCCUUGUUACCAUGAUGUAGGUCAGAUAUGUUGGUCUUAAGUAUAAUGUUUUUUUUUCUUCUUGCUCUUUUUUUUUCUUUUUUUUUUUUAGGUUAGUGUUCUUGACAGUGUUGCACAUAUAUAUAUAGUUGUGUAUUCCAGGAUCUUGAUAUUAGGUUAUAGUACUUAUUUUUUCAUGUUUUUGUAAGAAACUUGUUUUGUUUCAUACUGACAAUGUGACCAUUCACUUUAUAUUAAUGUUUAAGUGUACUUUUUGUACAAACUUUUUUGUGUGAAUGAGCAGAUGAGCCAAGUUUGACAGAGUAAGCAGAUGGUCCUCUCUUAAGAGUGUUCGAAAUAGCCAGCCAGUUACCAGGUGCAAGGAACAGUUAAAGGCACAGAUCCAGUCCAUACCACGAAACUAUUUUCUGUAGAACUGACUGUUAAAAAAAAAAAAAAAAAAAAAAAGGACAAAAGAUGGCUUAGACAUCUCGCUGUACUAGAAGAAGUAGGGGAAAGAACAUUGCCAAUAACUGUCUUUGUUACUUAGUGAAUGUCCAAAUGUUUUUCAGCUAUACUUAUUACUCUUAAAUUGAAUAAAUGAAUGAAAUAUUGCCAAGGCUGGUUUAUACGAUAAGCAUAAUUUUCAUGAGUUAAAACUAUGUGAUGUAGCAUACUAAAGCAUGAGUGAGGAUGAGGAUGUAAGAGAUAGUAAGAUGACCUUGAAUAUUAUUUUUGAAGAAGAGUUUUCUCAACUAGAGUAAUUCCAUUCUGUCGGGGUAUGUUUUUAUUGAAAUUUAUUUGUUACAAUUGAGCUAAUGACAUGACUAAAACCGAUUACUUUGGUUUGCUGAAUAUUUUAGCAAUACAGACAGAUUCCUGCAAUAAGAAAUUCAAAGUUCUGUGACCUAUGAAUGCAUAUCAAGCACUACCAUAAGUUGCUUCAUAAUCAUUGUUGUCUCUAUAUAUCAUGUAACUUGGUGCAUCGUGGGCAGUGUUAAGGAUGUUUCCUAUGAACUUGGUCUCAGGUGUCAGGAGCACACUUGGUGGUAUUGAAGAAGAUGGAAGAGGUCAUGCUGUUAUCUUCCUCUCUGAUAAGCAGGGUAGCAGGAAAAGUGCCAUGUAUAUAAAAAAAGGAAGGAUCUUUUAAAAUUAUUAAAGAAAAAAAAAAGUGAAAAAAAAGGAAAGAAAAGAAAAAAAACAUAUCAAGAUUGCCUUGAAAUGCUGGGUGCGCCACAGAAGAGCCUACACACUGUUGUGAAAGCAAUAUAAUAAUACUCACGUUGGUAGAGGCAAUUCAUCAGAGAAUAACAGCAAAGAAUUCCUGUUUACCAGACCUACAGUAAUAUGUAGGGGACGUUUCACUAACAUUUUCCUCAAUUCCACCUUGCUGCUGCCAUGACUGGAUACUGUUUAAUUUCUUUUGUAAGUCCUGUAGCAGAGUAAUACACACAAAAUGUAAAAGCAUUGUCACGGUAACAUCACAGUUUCUGAGGAUGAAAAAGGUGUUAUGUACAGAUCUCUCUCCCUCUUCUUGCUGUUAAACUCUCAUGAUUAGAGUGUAUACGUUUUCAUUAUGUGUAAGUGCAUUUACUUUUUUCCAAAGCAUUUAUUCUGUACAUCCCAGACUUUAAAAAGAAAAAAAAAAAAUGAUGAGGCUAUCACAUGGCAUUUUCAGAAGAACCAAUAAAUGAUAAAGCAGAUGUUACCCAUGGGUCACGAUAUUCCUGUUUGCCAGUUUUAUAUUUUGCUUUGUUUGGCUUCAGUUUGUAAUCACUACCACCUCAAAUCAACUGCCAUUAAUCUAGGGGGAUAUGAGGCAAUACACUUGGCUUGCCACUAUGCUCUCUCCUUUCAUGCACUACUGCCUGGACCAUCAAACUGCCUCUCAUUGUAGCCUCUGUUAAUGGUUUUCUUAACCAUGGCACUAAACCCUUGUUAAUGACCUAAAGUGGAAGUAUGUUUUAUUUCAAAUUGUAUUGACAAGUAACCUUGGAAAGCAUAGUUAUGUUACAGUUUAUUUUUAUAGAAAUUGACAACAAUUGAAUAACAAGGUAUUGGUGCUUCUAAACCUUCUUUGUAAUAUGUCAAAGGUGUUACAUAAUAUUUAGAUUAUGCACAUUUCAUAUUGAUAGUUAGGAGGAAUGAGAGGCAGGACUUUCUAUCAAAAUUACUCUACCCAUGCCUAUAACAUUGUUUUGUUUUUACCUAGCUAGCAAUAUUUUGUAAUUCACACGUGAUGUAACAUAUUGUAAGAAUAAAAUGGAAAGAAAAUUUUA